ACACGCUGCAGGCCACUGCACUGCCCUCCUCACACUGCCCCUGAAUUUGUGCAGUGUUGUAACACCUCACAACAGGACACUCUGAGAACAGAGGACACCACGUCGCUGAGAAGAAAACUCUCUGUCCGUACAUUGUGCAUCAUCAGAAGCGAUCUGUCACAAUGGAUGCCUCUCCCACUCUUAUACUCCCUCAUUUCUAUAUAAAGCCCACAGAAAAACCCUGUAUACCCAGCUAGCAAUAAUUAGAAAUCCUUUUAAUUUGAAUGCUUUUAGAUCUGAAUUAAAGGGUUCUUGGUUCAUUGUUAUUAUAGAUAUUUGAUUAUUAACACAUACAUCACUUAAAAGUUAUUGUCAGCAGAUUAGUUUGGCUCGAGUCUGUUUUCAGUUGUUGAAUAUAGUCAUAUCCAAUUAGAGAUGGAUACAGCUACACUAGCAACCUUGACCGCUGCCACCACCGCAGCUCUGGCCUCUCAGUCCGACAUGUCCAGCUACUUGUGGCUGUUGGUAGUGGGCUUCGUAAUUGCCUUCAUUCUGGCUUUCUCUGUGGGAGCCAACGACGUGGCCAAUUCCUUUGGUACGGCGGUGGGCUCGGGAGUGGUCACUUUGCGUCAGGCCUGCAUACUGGCCACUAUUUUUGAGACCGUGGGAUCGGUUCUGCUGGGGGCCAAAGUCAGUGAGACCAUCAGGAAGGGAAUCAUCGACGUGAGGAUGUACAAUGGCUCAGAGCACGUCCUGAUGGCGGGAUCAAUAAGUGCCAUGUUUGGCUCUGCUGUCUGGCAGCUGGCCGCAUCUUUCCUAAAGCUCCCCAUUUCUGGAACACACUGCAUAGUGGGAGCUACAAUUGGGUUUUCCAUAGUAGCCAGAGGUCACCAAGGUGUCAAGUGGAUGGAACUACUACGUAUUGUGUCAUCCUGGUUCCUGUCGCCUGUACUGUCCGGAAUCAUGUCAGGAAUUCUCUUCUAUUUUGUCCGCAAAUUCAUUCUGAGCAAGGCAAGAGCUAUUUUUGUUUGUUGUGCUGACCCUGUGCCCAAUGGACUGAAAGCCCUUCCUGUUUUCUACGCCAUCACUAUGGGCAUCAACCUCUUCUCCAUCAUGUUUACAGGAGCUCCAAUGUUGGGUUUUGACAAAGUGCCGUGGUGGGGUACUCUGUGUAUUUCCUUGGGUUGUGCCGUCGUCACUGCUCUAGCCGUUUGGUUUGUUGUCUGUCCACGCCUCAAGAAGAAAAUUAAACGUGAAACAGCUGCUGCUCCGUGUGAAACUCCACUAAUGGAGAAACAUUCCCAAAAACCGCCACGACAAGACCAGCCCCCAUUUCCAUCUCUCCCUCAAUCCCAGACCCCCCCUGAAGACAGCCAGAUGGUGGCUUUUAAACUUGGAGGCUCAGAAGAAGCCGACUUAAACACUGACAUGGAAACCAAAGACCUGGAUAUGCCAAAUGGGCUUAAUGGCACGCUUGGCUCCAUGAUGAUCACCGAUCCUCACAGCGGACGCUCCCACACCAUCCACAAAGAUUCUGGCCUUUACAAAGACCUGCUCCACAAGCUCCACAUGGCCAAAGUCGGGGACUGCAUCGGUGACGGCGACACCGAGGAGCGGCCCAUGCGCCGGAACAACAGCUACACCUCCUACACCAUGGCCAUAUACGGCAUUCCGGGAGAUCCCAAAUACAGGGAUGUGGACGGCGGGUCGCAGAGAAGAUCCCGGGUGGACAGUUACAGCAGCUACAGCUCGGCAAUAACCAACGCCAGCGCAGUCCAGGACGGGAGCGUGACUCCAGAGGCCGGCGGGACCCUCGCCCAGGAGGAGGACGAGCUGGAAGUCGACCAGCCUGCCGUUGCCUCCCUGUUCCAGUUCUUGCAAAUUCUAACAGCGUGCUUUGGCUCUUUUGCUCAUGGAGGAAACGAUGUCAGCAAUGCCAUCGGCCCUUUGGUGGCUCUCUGGCUCCUCUAUGACAGCGGCUCCGUGGUUUCCAAUGCUCCCACCCCCAUCUGGUUGCUUCUGUACGGCGGCGUGGGAAUCUGCGCCGGACUCUGGGUUUGGGGUCGUAGAGUGAUCCAGACCUUGGGAAAAGACCUUACCCCGAUCACACCGUCCAGUGGAUUUAGCAUUGAGCUGGCUUCUGCUGUCACUGUCGUUGUUGCCUCCAACAUAGGACUUCCUGUCAGCACCACCCACUGCAAGGUGGGAUCUGUGGUGGCGGUGGGGUGGCUGCGCUCCCGGAAAUCGGUGGACUGGCGUCUGUUCAGAAAUAUUUUCAUCGCCUGGUUUGUUACAGUUCCUAUCUCUGGGCUGAUCAGUGCUGCCAUCAUGGCUCUCUUCAUUUAUGUCAUUCUGUGAGCUGUUCAGUUACACCGUCAGUUUAACUCACGGACUGUAUGCUUAAAUACUUGUACAAAAAAAACAACAUAUUUGUUGCUUGUUUAUGAUGUUUUAUAAUUUUCUUUGUAAUUUCCAUGUUGUGUGAAUCAUCGUAUCUCACAGGGAUGUUUUUACUGAAUCAUCUUAACUUUAGUUACACUGUUCAAAUGUCCAAAAGACUGUGAUCUUGUAUAUUCUUCUGUAUAUUUAUAUAAAAGUGAUGAGUAUGAAUCAAAUCAUUCAGUUUUCACAGAGACAGAACUGGCAGCUGUCAUAUUUCUUAAAUGCAUGUUUUAAUAAAUAAAAUAUGGAGCUGCUUUAUAUGAAGGGAUGUAUUUAAACCACCAUGAAACUGUUUGUUUUUUUGUCACAGAGUUUGCAAAUUUAAUAACACAGGUUUUCUGAUGAAAUGAACAUUCAAUUAUUAUGAGAAUAUUGGGAUUUUAUACAUGUAUAGAUAUUGCACUGCAUAUGGACUCGCAAAUAAAUUUAAAUUGUGAACUGG